AUGCUUAGUUGCUCCAUCUCCAUAUCAUCAAAGCUUUCAUAGCCAAAAAUGUCUCUUUACCCUUCUCUCACCAUGUCAUUGCUGUCUUUUUCCUUCUUGUUGCUGUUUGCUUUUAGUGCCAAAGCUGUUGUUCCUCCAUCUGAAACUUUUAGGUUUGUCAACGAAGGGGAAUUUGGGCCUUUUAUUGUUGAAUAUGGUGCAGAUUACCGUGUCAUAAGCAUAGCUAAUGCCCCCUUCCAGCUUGCGUUUUAUAACACCACGCCUAAUGCCUUCACCCUUGCGUUACGCAUGGCUACAACACGUUCCGAGUCGCUCUUCCGAUGGGUUUGGGAGGCCAACAGGGGGAACCCUGUUCGCGAGAACGCCACGUUCUCUCUCGGGACUGACGGGAACCUUGUCUUGGCUGAUGCCGAUGGUCGGAUUGCUUGGCAAAGUAACACUGCCAACAAAGCUGUGGUAGGGUUCCAAUUGUUGCCUAAUGGUAACAUGGUGUUACACGAUUCCAAUGGCAAGUUCAUUUGGCAAAGUUUUGAUCAUCCAACUGACACACUCUUGGUGGGUCAGUCGCUUAGAGCCGGAGGGGCGACAAAGCUUGUGAGCCGGGCUUCUGCUCAAAACAAUGUCAACGGAGCCUAUAGCUUGGUGAUGGAGCCUAAACAGUUGGUUUUGCAGUACAAGGGAAUGAACUCUUCUAAACCACUUGUCUACUUCAAAUCAUCCGUUUGGCCAAAUACACAAGAUGGUACUUUACAAACUGUGACACUAAAUGUCGAGGAAACAAAUGAUGGUUUUGCAUAUGACGUUUUGUUAGACUACACAGUGGCUAACUCGUCCAUCGGGACCGGAAAUCUCAUCUUGACAAGGCCGAAAUAUAACAGCACAUUGUCGAUUCUUCGACUCGGGAUCGAUGGAAACCUGAGGGUUUUUACCUACUAUGACAAGGUUGAUUCACAGGCAUGGGAAGAGACUUUCACUCUCUUCUCUAGGGACUCAGUAUGGGGCAAUGAAUGUGAACUACCGGAGAGGUGUGGGAACUUUGGACUCUGUGAGGAGAACCAAUGCGUUGCUUGCCCGUCACCAAACGGAUUACUCGGUUGGAGCCGGAAUUGUCAGCAGAAGAAGGUGAACUGUAGGCCGAACGAUUUCGGCUACUACAAGCUAGAAGGAGUGAACCAUUUCAUGAGCCAGUACAAUGAAGGAGAAGGGAUAAAGGAGAGUGAUUGUGGGAGGAAAUGCACCUCCGAUUGCAAUUGUUUGGGGUACUUUUACCACAGGGAAACAUCCAAAUGUUGGAUCGCUAACGAGUUGAAAACCCUUGCUAAAACCUCGAACUCUUCCCAUGUUGGUUACAUAAAGGCACCCAACAAGUGAUGGGAAUCCUAUUAAGUAUUUGUACUUUUUCUUCUGUAUUUUCCAGUUUCUUUUUUGUCUGCUAGUAUGUAUUUGUGAGUUUGAAUUACAUAUUAAAAGUAAUUAAAUGUUUACAAUUAUGUAUCUAAUGUAUAUGUAGUCAAUAAACUGAAUUUAAAAUGUA